AUGGACAAUUAUUAUCGAAUGUCAGAUCCUAAAGACGAAUUUAUCGUAAAGAAUAUCCAGAUUUCCAUGUUAUCAAGAAAGAAAAAGGGAUCUAAAACGCGGACUGUCCUUAAGACGUUGAAGGUCAUGGAUAAUGCUUCUCUUGUUAAUCAACAAGCUACUGCACGUUAUCAAAAAAUUCGAGAGCUAUGUAUAGGCAAUGAGAAUCUGCCAGCUAAAUCGAGUGGUCAUCAUCUGAAAUGUUAUUACUUUUAUCCGUCAUCGAAGACAAGAUUUAUGCCAUAUGCUAUAGAAGAAAUGAGCCGUGAUCCUCUAAUUAUUCUGUACCAUAAUCUAACUAGUAAUGCUGAAAUGGAGUCUCUAAAGGCACUAGCAGCGAAACAGCUCCAACCAGCUGGUGUAUAUCACACAACUUCAGCGGAUAACCGGAAUCUAGAAGGCUAUACAAGAAUUGCUAAAAUGGCUUUUAUUUUGGACGAAGAAAGUGCUGUCGCAUCUGCAAUUACUCAACGUUUGCAAGAUGUAACAGGACUAAAUAUGAACUUUUCCGAACCAUUGCAAGUUAUUAAUUAUGGAAUAGCUGGCCAAUAUACACCUCACUAUGAUACCUUUCCAGCUAAGUCUGGCGAUAGAUCGCACCCUAGCCAUGAUCGAUUAGCAACGGCGAUCCUUUAUCUAAGCGACGUGGAACGUGGCGGAGCCACUGUAUUUACUAAUAUUAACGUUAGAGUACUGCCACGCAAGGGUAAUGUCAUCAUAUGGUAUAAUUAUUUGCCAGAUGGAAAUUUACAUCCUGGAACUCUUCAUGCUGGUUGCCCUGUAUUAGUCGGGUCGAAAUGGAUUGCCAAUAAGUGGAUCCAAAGUAAAGGUCAGAUGCUGCAGUCGCCUCGUAAUGGUGGUUAA